CAACCUUUACUUUCAGUAUAAGCAAAUCCAGAAUCUCACCCUUUCACCUUCCAUAUUCAUUCUUUCUUUCACACUUCAUCGAUUUACGCUCCCUUCCAUUUGUUUUUGUCCCUAUAGACGCGGUGGUGAUCGGUUCUAGGGUUCUCAGCUCGCCGGAGAGGGAGAAGAGAAGGCUAUCAUGGGGCAACAAUCAUUGAUCUACAGUUUUGUGGCGAGGGGGACGGUGAUUCUUUCGGAGUUCACGGAAUUCACCGGUAAUUUCACCAACAUCGCUGCUCAGUGUCUCCAGAAGCUUCCUGCUACCAAUAACAAGUUCACCUACGCAUGCGAUGGACACACGUUUAACUAUCUCGUUGAAGAUGGAUUUACAUACUGUGUGGUUGCCAUCGAGGCUGUUGGUCGUCAGAUUCCAAUGGCUUUUCUGGAGAGAAUCAAGGAUGAAUUCACCAAGAAAUACAGUGGAGGGAAAGCUGCAACAGCUGUUGCCAAUAGCUUGAACAAAGAAUUCGGUCCCAAGCUGAAGGAGCAGAUGCAGUAUUGUGUGGAUCAUCCAGAAGAGAUCAGCAAGCUUUCAAAAGUCAAGGCCCAGGUUUCGGAAGUCAAAGGUGUCAUGAUGGAUAACAUUGAGAAGGUUCUUGACCGAGGGGAGAAGAUCGAGCUUUUGGUUGACAAAACAGAGAGCCUUCAUUCUCAGGUGCCUGCUGUUUUCUCUCUUGGUAAUUGUUGUGAUAUUCACUGA